GGCGCGGCCGCGGGCGGCUCUGAGGAGCCCGGAGGGAGCCGGCGACGAGGGGGACCAUGUACCGGGACCCGGAGGCGGCCAGCCCAGGGGCACCCACCCGUGAUGUCCUCCUGGUCUCUGCCAUCAUCACCGUCAGCCUUAGCGUCACUGUCGUCCUCUGCGGCCUCUGCCACUGGUGUCAGCGUAAACUGGGCAAACGGUACAAGAACUCCCUGGAGACCGUGGGCACGCCAGACUCAGGACGUGGGCGCAGUGAGAAGAAGGCCAUCAACGACCUAGACAGAGACUUUUGGAAUAACAAUGAGAGCACAGUGCAGCAGAAAUGGAGCUCCUAUCCUCCCAAGGAGUUUAUUCUAAACAUUUCACCCUACGCCCCUUAUGGCGACCCACGACUGUCCCUCAAUGGCACCCUCCUGUCGGGCGCCAAAGUGGCCGCCGCGGCGGGGCUGGCGGUGGAGCGGGAAGGCCGGCUGGGGGAGAAGCCGGCAGCGGUGCCGCCACCCGGAGAGGACGCCUUGAGAAGCGGAGGGGCUGCCCCCAGCGAGUCGGGCAGCGGUGGCAAGGCGGGGAGAGGCCGCUGGCGGACAGUGCAGAGCCACCUGGCCGCAGGGAAGCUCAACUUGUCCAAUUUCGAGGACUCCACCCUGUCCACGGCCACUACCCUUGAGUCUAUCCCCAGCUCCGCGGGAGAGACGAAAUGCCAGCGACCCCGCACCCUGAUGCGGCAGCAGAGUCUGCAGCAGCCGCUGAACCAACACCAGCGGGGCCGGCCGCCCAGCCAGCCCACCACCAGCCAGAGCCUGGGCCAGCUGCAAACCCACGCAGCCUCGGCACCGGGCACCAAUCCCCGGACCUAUGGCCGGGGCCAGGCUCGGCAGGGCGCCUCGGCCGGCUCCAAGUACCGGGCAGCCGGGGGCCACAGUCGCUCCAACCCGGGCAGCUGGGACCACGUGGUGGGGCAGAUUCGAAACCGAGGCUUGGACAUGAAAUCCUUCCUAGAAGGCCGGAUGGUGGUGCUAUCCUUGGUCUUAGGGCUUUCGGAACAGGAUGACUUUGCCAAUAUCCCUGACCUGCAAAACCCAGGAACGCAGCAGAACCAGAACGCUCAGGGGGACAAGAGGUUACCUGCAGGAGGGAAGGCAGUGAACACGGCCCCUGUGCCGGGCCAGACACCCCACGAUGAGUCUGACCGCAGGACCGAGCCCCGCUCAUCUGUCUCAGACCUCGUCAACUCCCUCACCAGCGAGAUGCUCAUGCUCUCCCCAGGCUCCGAGGAGGACGAGGCCCACGAGGGCUGCAGCCGCGAGAACCUGGGCCGGAUCCAGUUCAGCGUGGGCUACAACUUCCAGGAGUCCACGCUCACCGUGAAGAUCAUGAAGGCCCAGGAGUUGCCCGCCAAGGACUUCAGCGGCACCAGCGACCCCUUUGUCAAGAUCUACCUGCUGCCUGACAAGAAGCACAAGCUGGAGACCAAGGUGAAGCGCAAGAACCUGAACCCCCACUGGAACGAGACCUUCCUCUUUGAAGGUUUCCCCUACGAGAAAGUGGUGCAGAGGGUCCUCUACCUCCAGGUCCUGGACUACGACCGCUUCAGCCGAAACGACCCCAUCGGGGAAGUGUCCAUCCCCCUUAAUAAGGUGGACCUGACCCAGAUGCAGACCUUCUGGAAGGAUCUGAAGCCAUGCAGCGAUGGGAGCGGGAGCCGAGGGGAGCUGCUCUUGUCUCUCUGCUACAACCCCUCUGCCAACUCCAUCAUCGUGAACAUCAUCAAAGCCCGGAACCUCAAAGCCAUGGACAUCGGGGGCACAUCAGAUCCCUACGUGAAGGUGUGGCUGAUGUACAAAGACAAACGGGUAGAGAAGAAGAAGACCGUGACGAUGAAGAGGAACCUGAACCCCAUCUUCAACGAGUCCUUCGCCUUUGACAUCCCCACGGAGAAGCUGAGGGAGACCACCAUCAUCAUCACUGUGAUGGACAAGGACAAGCUCAGCCGCAACGAUGUCAUAGGCAAGAUCUACCUGUCCUGGAAGAGCGGGCCGGGCGAGGUGAAGCACUGGAAGGAUAUGAUCGCCCGUCCCCGACAGCCUGUGGCGCAGUGGCACCAGCUAAAGGCCUAAGUAGGGCCAAGAGAGGCCCAGGGGGCAGAGGCCCAGGUCCCUGUCACGCCCUCACCACUUUAUGCACAACACCCGGCCUGGCCACCCUGCCAUGGGUGAGGGGAGGACCCUGUGGGCUCAUCCAGGGAGGGGGGGGUCCCAGGACUCAAUUGGGUCCCCCCCCCUGUGUCUAGGAAGUACCAGCCCCACCCCCACCGGUCCAGCUGGGGGGCGGGGCUCUGGGAGCCAUUUUCCUGCUUUGCCCCUUUCCUUCCUGACUUGCUGACACUAAAGAAGUGGGGGAGAGCCAGACGGGCAGAUCCCUCCAGAGGCCCGCCAGGUGGGCACGGUCCCCCGUUUUCUUUAAGGCAGUGCCUGGAGUGGAGAGAAGCCACCCCUCCCCACACCCCCCGUCGUGUGGGCCCCAGGAGAGGGGAGCCUGAGGCGUUUGGCCCCGGCCAGGCUGAUCAGACCCGUCAACCAGGGCGGUUUCAGGUGCCGGCUGGGCCCUGAACGCCAAGGAUAGUGUAUUGGCCGCUCCAAGAUCCUGGAGCUGUGGCCCUGUGUACUUGUGUUGUGUCCACUGUGUGUGUAUGUGUAUGUGUGCGCGCGCGUGCGUGUGUGCGUGUGUGAGGAGGGCACUCAACUCCCUGUCCCCCCUGGGGCCAGCAGUGCUGAAGGCUAUGCAGAGAAGCGGGAUUCGAUGAAGGCCAAGUAGGGCCCAAGGCAGGGAGAGGUUGAGGCCACAGAGCAGGGGAGGUGCAGGGGUAGGGGGCAGAGGGGUCCGAAGGGCAGAGGGCUGCAUUGCCUCCUGCCACCUCCUCACCCUGCCCCUGCAAUCCCCCCUCCCCCACUCAGAGCUCUAUGGGAGCUCCUUCUCCAGCAGUGUCAUCUCUUGGGCAUGAGUUCACAUUCUGUAGGAACCUACCAUUGUGCAUUAUAUUCCACAGGACUGGCCUGCUCUUUUCCUUCUCCGGCACCCCACACCUAGCUCGCCUAACACCCUCACCCAGAGGCACACCCCCCACCCCCAACAAAAAACAACAGCUACCUUCCACAUCUCAUUCCAGUCAACCUGACAAUAGGUUCCAGCCUCCUUAACUUUCCCUAUCUAUCCCUACCCAGCAAGCCUCACCCCUCUACACCGCCCCUCCAUCCACUGCUGGAGACAUGCCUUCCUUCCCUUGCCCCACAGUU